GUGGCAACUCACUGAUCAGCGACCGCUAUAAAUAAGGCGGCUCGUGGACGAAAAGAUAUCAGUAUCUUCCCGCAUCAAGCAACAUGAAGUUUGUGGUUCUCGCCCUCCUGGCCACCGUGGCCACCGCCGCCCCCCAGUACGACGCUCCUGACCCUCCUCGCUACGGUGAUUCUAGCGAGGAGGUCCCCAUUAUCAGGCACGACUUUGUACAGGGUGACGAUGGCGGCUACCAACUUGAUAUGGAGACCGGCAACGGCAUUAAGGUCUCAGAGUCUGGCGCUCCCGGAGCCGAAGGUGCCAUCGCCAGCUCUGGAUAUUACUCCUACACUGCUCCUGACGGCACCCCAGUCGAAGUAACAUACGUCGCCGACGAGAACGGCUACCAGCCCCAGUCUGACCUGCUGCCAGUGGCUCCCGCCUUCCCCCACCCAAUCCCUCAGUUCGUGCUGGACCAGAUCGCCUUCGCUGCUGAGGAGGACUCCCGUAAAAAGUCGACCCCCUCCCGCGGCUACGGUGCUCCCCAGUAAAAGAUCUCUGACGAAUGAAGAUAUGUCGACUUUUUGUGUGUAAACUAACACCGUGUGAAAGAAUUGCUUCUGUUUAUUUAUUUAUGUUCUGUAUAUAAUAGCGCAAAUCAAAAUAAAUAUUGAAUGUUU